AUGGUGUCUAUGCUCCGCAAAUACCUGCUGGAGUGUCCACGCAAGUUUGGAAACAAAUAUGACAACAAGGUGCGAAGCGAUCUGAGACGGGCGCUGUUCCUGGCGGCCAGUGACGAUGGCAAAUACUUCAACCUGUUCUUCCCAGACCGCCCCGAGGCCAAGGACGACCAGGAAAGUGAGUCUGAAGACGAAGAGGAGUACAUUAUGGCCGACAACCGAGAUGAUCCUGCUCACCCUGGCAGACCCUGUGUAAGACGAUUUUCCAAGGGCGAACCCACCUACCGAUGUCUGACCUGUGGGCUUGACGAAACCUGUGUUCUGUGUUCCUACUGCUUCAACCCUGAAGAUCAUCAGGACCACCAGGUCACUGUCAGCAUCUCUCCCACCUCUAACGGUGGUGUUUGUGACUGUGGCGACCCCGAAGCCUGGGUGAAGCAGUUCUCCUGCAAGUAUCACGAGAUUGACAACUUCACAGCCUCGGACCUGCCUCAAGACCUCUACGACGCUCUUUUGGAGACCGUGGAGACCGCUAUGGACUACCUGAUUGACGUGCUCAGUCACUCGGACGUGGCCAUCUACAAGUUCACCGAGGCAGAGCAGGUGCUGGCCAACUUUGUCAACUCGCAGCUCUCUCCCAGCGUCUAUGGUGCUCGUGAUGACCAUGACGACAGCAGAUUCACCCUGAGCAUGUGGAACGACCAGCGGUACAGUUUCACCCAUGCCGAGAUUCUCAUCAAAAAGGCGACCGGCAAGAACGACAACUUUUGCAAAAUGGUGUCCCAACACAUUGACAGCCACGGAAGAGCUACAGUUCGUGUGUCCUCUUCUCUUGGAGACUUGAUGGACGCCAAACGACAAAUGGCUCACACCAUGCUCAUCCCUACAAGUACGGCGGGCAUGAACGAAAUGGCCACUUCGGUGCGAUCGUCCAGAGACUCGUUCCGAGAAGAAAUGUGCGACACCAUCAUUCACUGGCUAGAUGACAUCUCCAAGUGCCCCAUCCAGGGCAACUACUUUGCCAUUCGAGAUAUCGUGUGCAAAGCAUUCUGUCGGCCAUGGAGAGUAGGCUCUGCCAAGUUCCUGGGUGAGGUGCCCUUCAACUUGGACGCGGACGUCGCACACUACAAGGACCGAAUGGAGAAACGGGCUGCUCUUACCCCCGAGGGUGAUAUUCCCGAGUACGAGGACUACCAGGAGAACAUGGCCGAAUUUGAUGUGCCUGAGCAGGAAACCAACCCAAUUGGAAAUGCUGGAAACGGUAUCGGACGAGAUCCUGACACUCCGCUGACUACCGGUAACCCUGAUUACUGGGUUCGGGGUAGAACAAACCCCGAUUGGUCUGCUCCCGAGGUUCUGGAGCUCCUGGGUUGCCCCAUGAGCAAGCGAGCACGUGUCUGCUACUUGCUCUUCUUUGACAUUCGACUUUGGAAAUCGAUUCGAAAUGUCCUCCAAAACCUGUACAUUUCUGUCAUGGUCGCACACCCCGGCUUCAAGUCUAUUCUUGGAAUCUACUAUGCCGAGAUCUACCGACAGAUAGUUGAGAUGCACAUUCUGCUGGACCGAGAACAUGAGGUGUCUGUCAUCACGCAUCUCUCUACACAGCUUCUGACAGCGCCCUCGAUUGCGACUCAGAUCUCCAAGUACAAAUAUCUGACAGAUUACAUGGGUGCCUUGUUCCUCUUUUUCACUAGAGGAGCAUUUGGCCCUGCUGAUGCUGUCAAUGUGGGCUACCACAAGGUUGAAAUGCUUGUUCUUCGUGCCCAGCAUACGCGCUUCAGACGCAUCUUCCAUGACAUGAACUACAUCCUCAACCGCACCACCGAGAAGGAGAACACCUGUGGUGCUCCCGAUCGAAUUCGACAAGUUUCUGACCUCUUUCUGCUUUUCCAGGGUGCUCAGACCAUGAAGCGGCAAGUCGGCACCCAUAUCGAGUUUGAAAUCGACACCUGGGUUUAUUUCUUCUACCCCACUGCCUGUCUGCUACAACUUGGUCAAAUGAUUGCCAGUGGAUCUCGAAGCUGCCGACUGGAGGACAACGAGGCUGCUAUUCGAAUUGUCAGCAAUGCCCUCACCCUGUGGGGUUCUGGUCGGCUCAACUACCGAAGCAUGAGCAACGAGGCCAACGUGCCUGAGUUCGUGUCUGUCAACUGGGGAAUGGAGCAGUACCUGACUCUCAAGUUUGACGUUGCGUCUCAGGACGUGUCUCUGUACCAUCCUCUUCACGCCUUCUGUUCUUGGCUAAUUGAGUGCGGUCAGGUGAUGCAGAGUCGACGCCUGCGGGAGAUCCUCACCGAUGUGCAGCUUGCCGAUGGUCCCAACCCCAUGGAUCAGGCCGUUCAUCCUCGAUCCUUGGCCCUCUCGGUGCUGUUUGAAUAUCCAAUUCGAGUGCUGGUUCUGUUAUCACAGAUCAAGGUUGGCCUGUGGGUCCGAAAUGGUGUCAAUGUGGUCUCUCAGCUAACCCACUACCGAGACCAGAGUCUCCGAGACACUGCCUUUGCUCGAGACCUGUUCAUGGUUCAGACUGCCCUUGCAGUUCACGACCCUGCUCUCGUCUUUGUUUCCAUUGUGCACCGGUUUGGAUUGUCCCAGCUGUCUACUCCUGACACCAAGCAUCCCGUUUACGAGGACAAGGAGAAGUACAUGAUUGAGGAGCUCCUUCACACCCUUUUGGUGCUUGUGCUUGAGCGAACUCAUCUGUACGGCUACGAUGAGAAGGAAACCAAACGGGCUCAUAUUCUCAAGCAGAUUGUGCACUCUCUCUGCUUCCGACCAAACUCUUUCACGGAGAUCUGCAAACAGAUUUCGGAAGAUCUAACCUCCGAGGAGCUGUUUGAGACCAUUCUUCUGGACGUUGCAGAAAUCCAGCAGCCCACAGGCAACUCUGAGUCUCGAAAAUACAAGCUCAAGGACGAGUACUUUGACAUGGUUGACCCCUACUUUGCCCACUUCUCGUCUAACCAGCGAAACGACUGUUUGCGAGUUUUGCAGACUCGUCUUGCCAAGAAGCAAGGCUGCAGUGAGUCUGAAGUUGUGGUCAUGCCUCCCAUGGACCCUCCUCUUGAGGGAGUAUUCAAGAACAUUGGAGCCUUCACCAAGACCCGGCCAUUUGCUUACUUCUGCAAGUCUGUGCUUGAGUUCCUGGUGGGUCAGCCUGAUGGCGACAUUACUGGUCUCUUGCUGCAUCUCAUUCUUGUUGCUGUGACCGACAAGUCUCAAGUUGAUAUUGAUCCCCAGGAGUUUGCCACCACCGCUUCUGGUCCCCUCCCUGACUACAGACUGGGUGCUAAUGAGCUGGGAUCUAUGCUCGUUGAACCCCUGUGCAAGCUUUAUGAGCAGGAGCAUCCCAAGAACGGUGCUGUGAUCCGUUAUCUUGUGGACAAGCUUGCUGGUGAUGAUAUUGCUCUUCGAGAGCUUUCCGACAAGCUUGCCUCUUCUGUGGCUAGCACCGCUGUGUCUGGAUCGUCCGGAGCUAUGUCCCCGACCUCGACCAAGCGAGAGCAGGCCAAGCAGCGACAGGCUCGUAUCAUGGAGGAGUUCAAGCAGCAGCAGCAGGCGUUUGAGCAGAACCAUGCCGACAACUCCGGUGAGGAUGAGGACAUGGAGGGCGGAGAGUCCAACGAGGACGUGUGUAUUCUCUGCAUGCAGUCCAAGAGCAAUGCUCCUGGCGCUGUUUUCGGAGUCUCUGGCCUCUUUACCUCCUCCAACGUCUACCGGCGCUUCCCUGCCGACCACAGCGAUCUUGUUGAGGAGUGUCUCAACUGGAACGGUAACCUGGACCAAUCUCGGUCUGAUGUGAUGAUGCAGCUCAAGUUCACAUGUGAUCCUGAGUGGCAGAAGCUCCAGGACGAACGUGUGGCUCGAAACCGAAUCGGACCGGGUUUCCCCAACGAGAACCACGGCACUGUUGCCACCUCAUGUGGUCACGGCAUGCACCACGAGUGCUACUUGGAACUGAGAAAGACCAUUCUCAAGCAGACUCAAGUGACUCGAAACAAGGCCGAGAACCCCGAAGCCGGCGAAUUCCUGUGUCCUCUAUGCAAGUCUUUCAACGACGUGUUCUUACCUGUGUUCCACUCGUCCAACGAGCGAAACUGGGAUACUGUUCUGAGUUCGCCCAGUGAAGCUGGAGGCAGCGGCAGUCUGGCCGGCGAGAACAAGAUUUUCCUAGACUAUCUUGAUGGACGUUUUGAGGUACGUGAGCCUCUUACUGCAAGUGUCAUCCUGGGUAACCAGCUUGCGGACGCCACUCAGGCCGGUGACGAGGGUGAAGAUCACGACGACUUUUGGCUGGACCAGCUCAUUGUGCAGUGGGAAAACCGAUUCGAACCUGGUCUUGCGGCGAUCAUGACACGAAUUGAAAACCCUGCUGAUCUCAUCAAGAUUCUGUCCAACACUGUUCAGCAGCUGGAGAUUUCGCUCCGAGGAGUUGCUACGCAGCCCACCGGUCUCUUCUUCGAGCAGCUGUCGUCUAACAACGUGGCUACCCUGCGAAACAUGUGUGAGAUUGUGUUUGUGGCUCUCACACAGAUUCGAACUGCUCAGAACCACACUCUGUCUCGCCAGUUCAUGACCGUCAACCAGUCUGCUGGAAUCGAGCGGCUGGCUGUUUUCCUGUGUUAUGACCGGUUCGUCGGCUUGCAGUUCAACCAUAUGCUACGAUACUUUGUUUCCCAGAAGCUGGCUCUCAACCUGGAUUACUUCAUAAAGACCUGGGCAAAGGGCGAGCUGGACUGGACUCGAGGACCCGUGUUUGAGCACAUGCCUAGGUUCUUUGGUCACGAGCAGGGAAUUGAAGCUGUCAAGGCUAUUGCUGAGCGGCUGCUGCAGCACCAGGAGGGCGUUCCUGAGGUUACGGAGGCCGUUGCUGCUACAGUCUACACUCUAGCUGUCAAGGCUACGACUGUUUGUCUUCGAGAGGCAUGUCUGCUUGUCUACGGACUCUAUGCCUCCGGUGAGACUCCUGAAAUAUCUGAGGACGAUGACAUUGAUGAUUGUGAAAACGACUGGUAUGAGGCUCAGAAGCUUACCCGCUUCCUCAAGAUUCCCCAUCUCGAUGACAUUCUUCAGGGCGUGUUGGGCACUUCUGAAGUGUUUAGCAUUGAGGCCCGUGCCUUCAACACCAUCAAUGCGGCAUCCAAGCCCAUUGUGCCCUUCUAUUUUGCUCCCCAGAGGCUUUUGCAUCUCCCCGAACGACUAGACGAUCUUUACACUCCUGGAUAUCAUGCUUCUCCCUCUGUGAAGCAGCAGAGCAAGAGCAUGUCAACAGAUCCGGCCGUGUGUCUCUUCUGUGGAGAGUCUGUGAACACCCAGUACAAUGACCCCUGGGAUGCAGACAAGAGUGGUGAGUGCAACAAGCAUAUGCGAAAGCACCACAGAGACAAAUGCAUCUUCUUGCUACCUAAGAAGACCUCUAUUCUGCUACUUUCCAAGGACCAGGGAUCGUUCCACCCUGCCCCUUACUUUGACCUGCAUGGAGAGCGAGACGAGGUAAUGAAGCGAGGACGUCCUCAGUUCCUCAACGAGGGUAGAUACGAAAAGUUCAUGCGAGAAAUGUGGUUGCAGCCGGGUAUUCCCAACUACAUUGCACGACAGCUUGACUCUUCCCAUGACCCCGGAGGAUGGGAGACUCUUUAA